AAACUAUCGGUAUCGUUAUCGGUAUCAUCAGAUAUCACUCGGCUAUCGGUAUCGGUGGAGAAAUUUAGUAUCGUAGUUAAAACACCUAACUGGAAGCAAUUUUGAGAUGAGCCAUAAGUUAAGAUGGUAUUUGGGCCCAAAGAUUAUCUCAGGUUGGAAGAUCCUCAGAAAACUCAUGGUGUAUGUUUCUCUGGUAACUCUUUUACUGACACCAUGUGGCCUUUGUGUGAAACUGCUGAUAUGUUUUCAAAUAUGUGAUAAUGUAGGUAAUUUUUACAUUUACAAAUGAACAGUUAAGACAGCAUCAGUGCAUCUGCUUUUAAAUGUUUUGUCUGGAGAAGGUUGGUCGUAAGAUCACCCUAAACUUGGGAAAAUAUUUAAAGUUCUUGUGACAAAGAGAGUGAGUGAGAGAGAGAGCGAGAGAGAGAGAGAGAGAAUAUAUUUGUAUACACAACAUUUCAAAGCAUUGAAAAACUGGUGCCUCUGUUCACUGGAUAUUUAGUAAACACAAAAGCACCAAUAAAGCGAAGGAAACAAGUGCACAAAAGCAGAGCCUUGACAGAACAUUCAUGGAGCUACUGGGAAACAUUCAAAGUACAAUGAUGACAAGACACCAAAAAGCUGAGGUAAUGAUUGCCGGAGAACAGCUAAGAUUACGACUACAUGAUAGCAAGUUGAUUAAGGACCACAGACACCAUUUGCGAACGUACCCGAAUUGUUUUGUGGCUCAGGAACUUAUUGAUUGGCUGAUUGCUCAUAAAGAAGUGCCUGAUCGAGAGACUGCUGUCCAGCUCAUGCAGCACCUCAUGGACCACGAUAUCAUUCAUCACGUGUGUGAUAAAUGGCCAGUGUUCAAAGACGCCAAAUACUUGUACAGAUUCAGAAAGGAUGAUGGCACAUUUCCUUUCAACAUAGAAGUUAAGAUCUUCAUGCGUGGACAGAGGCUGUAUGAAUAUCUGAUUACAAGCAAAGACUCCAUCUUACAGCUGAGACAGGAAAAGGGAGUGGCUUAUGAACGUUCUUUCCCUGGUUACAUGUUAAUUGAUUGGCUGCUACAGAAUGGUGAAAUAGAGAGUCGACGACAAGGACUAGAUCUCUGUAAGGCCCUACUGGAGCAUGAUAUCAUUCAGCAUGUCUCUCUGAAGCACCACUUUUUUGACAGCGGGCUGCUGUAUCAAUUCUGUAUUAACUUUCGCCGGCGGCGCCGUCUCUCUGAACUGUUGCAUGAGACAGAGAAUGAAGAGGUUGAAUGUAUAACACAGCAUAACCAAGAAGACCAGGCUGACAGUCCCUUCACACUGCGUAAAGCUUCUCCAUCUGAGAGACACAGUGACUUCUUAUCUGUUCAGCCUGCUGAUUUAAAUGUGCCUACAAAUGGACGCCGUGGAAGUUUGACCCACCAGCAACUCAGUUCAUGUGGACACCCACUCACUGUUUCUCUUACUGCUGCUCUUGCAGUACGAUGCAAUCCAACAUCAGUGCUGAAAAGACAUGUAACCUGUGAGGAGCUGUUAUCUCCAGGUGCUCCUUAUGUAAAAAGAGUUCUUACGAUCCUCGGUGAUGACCUAGGCUGGGGCUUUGUAGUACGGGGAAAAUCACCUUGUUAUGUUCAGGCAGUGGAUCCUGGAAGCCCUGCUGCGGCAGCAGGAGUUAAGGUGCGCCAGUUUGUGUGCCGAGUGAAUGGGCGCAGUGUGCUUCACCUCGACUAUCGUACCCUCUCAAAGCUGGUGAUGACUGGACCCCGUUUUGUUACUUUGGAAGUGAUGCAACCACUGGAUUAAUUCAGCAUAGAUGGAAUUAAAUAAUGUAUACAUUUGAAAUGAGUCACUAUGCGUAGUACUAGGAUGAAGGAUGUGCAAUAUUUUCCCCUCCUUAUAUCAUGUAACUCUUCCAAUAUAUUAAUAUGACAUAAUGAUUUUUUUUGUUUAUUAUUUUGAGGUUAAAAUAAAGAAGUCAUUACUAAAAUCAUAUAAAUCUAGCUCCAUGUCUGAUUGGAGUUUUGGUUUUACACAGUCUAGUGGGACAUGUCCUCCCCAGUAUUCAAAUUAGUGGUCAUCCAAUAUGUAGGCUAUAUUUCACUAGUUCAUCCUUAAAGGU